AUGUUUUGCAGGGGCCCACAGAAGUGCAUUGCAGAGAAGCGCAUCGAAGCAAAGUUGCGGCUAGCUGGUGAGAAUGUCCCUUUGGUGUCAUUCUUGGCCUUGCGUUCUGCGCUGAAGAAUACAUUGAUUCGUGAAAUGAGUAUUCAGGUCCCAAGUUCUCACUUAGCGCCAGCAGAUAGAGCCAGCCAUCCCUCAAUGUGCACGUGCGCACAGGUCCCAAGUUCUCACUUAGCGCCAGCAGAUAGGUACAGUGCAUUGUGGGGGAUUGUAGCCUUUCUUGGGGAAUCAUAUGCUGAUUUUUGGGUCUGUUCCAAGAUAGCCGACAUAUUGGCCCAAGGACAGAAAGACAGCAUGUAA